UUGUGCGACUUGUGAGGCGUUGACCAUGCGCUGGGUGACACGAACCGUAUUUCAUUUGAACAAUUAGCACUUUUAAUCGGAAGAAAAUGCCUCCAACUCGUCGUCGCGGGAUGGCUUGGAUUGGCAUUUAGUGUCCAGUCAAAGCAGACUGAAAACAAAAGAUAGUAUAGCUGACUUCUUUGAACUUCAACCAUAACAUGAACCCUUGGUUCAGCUUGAGAAUGAGAAGAACCUUAACACCUGUCUUCCACCAAGACCGUUUAAAGUGGCUGGUGCUUCAGUCUGCUCGCCGUCUGUGCAGCAGGAAGUACGAUGCAAACGUCCAGAAAAACGAGAGAAGACAUCGGGAUGUUACCACAGAGACCAGAAAGAAACCCCCAUUCUUCAUUGAUGCACAAAAGCCGCCCAGAUCGGUGUUUGCCGCUGGAACAGCCAAGAGGACGGCAGAGCUGAUGAGAAGGAAAGCAGGGGGAGUCUUGGAAGAUGAAGGACCAGACAGGAGAUCAAAACCAAAAGAAGCAGUGAAGAUUCAGCCUCCUGAUCAGCCACUCUCUGUGGAAGGCUGGAGGAAGCUGAAAGAGUCUGUGAAAAACCCAACACGUUUUGAUCACCAGAUGAUGGCUGGGUUGAUAAAAGCAGAGGCUGACUUGGAUAUUGCCAAAUCGCUACUCAGUUUUGUAGCAUCAGAAACAGGAACCUUGUCCUACGAGCUGCUCCUGAAGUACCUGAGUCUGUGCGUCCUGGGUGUCCAUGAUGACGAGAUGUUUGAUGUCUACGAUAUCAUGAGAGGAAGUUUCCCCUCCCUGGACACUGGGGCCUCUUCACUUUUUAUUAAGGCCUUCUGCCGUACACCAAGGUGGAGGGAGGCUGUAGACAUCCUGCAGGACAUGAAGAAGGUCAUUACUCCAUCUACACGCAAUUACGGGGACAUCAUCACAGCGGCGUCGCUCAACAAUGACCUUUCAACAGCCUGGACUCUGUAUGAUGAAAUCAUGGAUAAAGGACUGAGUCCAAAUCAGCAAACGUGGGACUCUCUCUUCAAAGCUUCGGGACGUUCCUUUCCAAAUCAGCAGGAGAGGCUUUUGAGUAUUCUGCAUUACAUGAGGGACAACCAGAUUUACCCACAGCACAUGCUUGCCUCAACCAUCAAGACCUGGUUUGAAAGUCUUCCCGGACAGAAGUGGAGGGGACGUUGGACUCAAGCCACACAAAAUGGUGUGUGUCAGGGCUGUGGAAAGACUUUAGAGCCCAUCCAGUUGCCUGACAAGGAGUACCAGCAGCUGAAAGAGCGGGUCAUGACUGACAUCAUCCAGGGACCAGACGUGUUUAAGAAGACCACACCAGAGGAACUGGAGGGUUUCAAAGUUUUUGUAAAGAAGAAACCAGCUUUUGAUGUCAUUGUUGAUGGACUGAACGUGGCAAACAUGCACAAGGACAAACAGAAACGGUCAUCAACUCUGUUAGCGGUGGUGUCGGCGCUGCACCGCCAGAACUUGACCAUCCUGGUUCUGGGGAGGAAGCACAUGCAGAGACCAUCACAUUCAUGGGACAGAAACGACAUGAACCUGAUCCGGCAGAAGGCUCACUGCUUCUUCACUGAAAACAUCUCAGAGGACGACCCCUUCCUGCUCUACGCCACAAUGCAUUCAGGGAACCACUGCAGAUUUGUGAGCAAGGACCUGAUGCGGGAUCACAAGGCCUGCUUCCAGGACAGCUUGACCAGGCGACUCUUCUUCAAAUGGCAGCGAGGUCAUCAGAUGGUGGUGGAUGGCUGCGCGGCUGAGGGCCGGAAGGUUUUGUUCCAGCAAGUUCUCAGCUAUGACACCAUUGUCCAGACGACAGAAGACUCCUGGCACAUUCCGUACGACGACAAAGAGGACCGGAGCACCUAUGAAGUCCCACAGAAGUGGCUAUGUCUCUCUAACAGGGAUCACAGCUGAGUGUUUGUGGACAAGCCAACAAAUUCUAAUAAAGUAAAUUGUCUUUUAUCUCACUUGUGCAACAAUGUAGCUGUAUGGUGACAUCAUUUUUACAAAUUUA